CGUACGGGCUCUGAAGGCCUGAGGGGGUGGGCAGGUGAAGUGCUGGGUCUUGUGGAGAAGCUGCUAACAUCAUGUCGAUGGAGGACCCGUUUUUCGUGGUGAAAGGGGAGGUGCAGAAGGCCUUGGGCCGGGCACGUGGGCUCUUUGAACGGUGGGAAGAGCUGCUAGAGGAGAGCACACCAGUCAGCAGGGACGAACUGGACUGGAGCACCAAUGAGCUGAGGAACUGCCUGAGAGCCAUCGACUGGGACCUGGAGGACCUCCAUGAAACCAUCAGCAUCGUGGAGUCCAACCCGGGCAAGUUCCGGCUCGCAGAGCACGAGCUGCAGGAGCGGAAGAACUUUGUGGAGAUGACGCGACAGGCGGUGCAGGAGAUGAAGGAGCAGCUCUCAAGCCCCGCAGCAGUGGCGCAGACCAAGAAGAAGAACAGACAGGCUUUGCUGGGAGCUGCUGGACCGACUUAUCAUGCUGCGGGACUCGAGCCUUGCUUGGUUUCGGCCAACUCCCGCUACAUCCAGGAGCAGCAGGAGCAACAGCAGCUCAUCAUGCAGGAGCAGGAUGACCAGCUAGAGCUGGUUUCGGGCAGCAUCCGUGUGCUCAAGGACAUGUCUGGCCGCAUUGGAGAUGAGCUGGAUGAACAGGCUGUCAUGCUUGGGGAGUUCAGUGAGGAGAUGGACCAGACCAACUCACGCAUAGACUCGGUGCUGAAGAAGAUGGAGAAAGUCUCACACAUGACCAGCAGUCGACGACAGUGGUGUGCAAUCGGCGUCCUCGUGGCGAUUGUGAUCGUUGUUCUGAUCCUCUUUUUUGCACUCUAAUGAUGAACUCUCUGGCUUUGCCAAACCCCAAGCCCUUCAGGAGAUUGCGGAUGGGGCAGAGCAACAGAUGUGAUCGCCGCCGUCUUCUUCAUGUACUUUUUACGCACGGAAGGGUAAUUGAGACCAUCUUUUGCUCUUUUUGCUUCUGCUUUUUCGAGCUGCCUGCCACAUCAUUAACCGGUGUCUACAGAGAACUCGUUCAACUUCAGCAGGAGCUGACCAGUUCAGGAUCUAUAACAUAAGUUUUUAGAUGGAGUGUGUUUCUCUGAAAUAUGGUACCGCAAGACAUUUUACUAGACUGUUGCCUUUUUAAAUAUUUCAUAAACAGGUCCGUGCUUCCAGCACAGCAAACUGUCAUGAAGCCAGGUAGCCAAUCGAAAGAACUGUACUAAGGAUGCUUCUGACAGUUGCUGGAUGAUGCACAGAAGUUUAAAUAGUGACAUGUCACUGCGCACCCUAGUGGACGAUGGUGUCUUUGUGUAUAUUGUACGUUUUGUAAACGUUCAUAUUUCUAUUUUCAUUCUCAGGCCUACUUCACAGCAGUGCAUUACUGUGUUUUCAGAUGUAAUAGUGAGCUUUAUGAUUAAUUUAGUUUUUAAUCCGUGGCUUUUCACUCGGUGCAUUUGAACAAGCUAUGGCCGUGCCUCCAGAAUUGGUUUUCUGCCAUAUAUGGCUUUAGCUGUGAACUGUAACUUUGUCCUGUGAGGCAAACAGGGCAGUAGUGUCAGGUAACUAACUGCCCUUAACAUGAUGCCUUAAUGACAGUGCCUAACUUCUGGUUUGCAGUAAAAGAGGCACAAAUCAUUUUCCAAACAUUUUUUAUAUAAUUUGUUUUUGUAUGAUGGUGCCUGAAAGGUGGGGAAGUCAUUUUAAAUUGUUUGAUUACUCCUGUCUUAACUUAUACAUCACAAUUUUGUAUUUGGAGUUAUACAAGUAUUCACUGCCAUUGGUUUUUUUUUUUGUGUGUGUUUGUCAAAAUGUCUGUGCCACUGAACUUCCUUAACCCCAUUGAGUCCCUUAAAUUUCUGCCUUAUUUUAAUAGUAUGUGGACUUAUAUAGUUAAUUAGAAUAUUUUGCAUUUAUUGGCUAGUUGCUUUUGAAUUUCCAUAGUAAGAUAAGUUAAUUGCUGCUCUCAAAAUUUUGAUUUGUCAGUGCAGUCAGUGUGAGGGACACUGAAGAGUGUGUGUAGUUCAUGCCAUUUUAAAGUGCUUUGAAUUCUGCUGAACACAUCUGAGCAGUGGGGUAUUCAGCAGGAGUUGGUAGGAAUUCUUUCACUAGCCUGC